AUGGCCACCAUUUAUGCUUGCAAGCAAGAUUCCUAUUGCACUGGAUAUGGCAGCUCAAUUUCGAGGAAGGGACUGUUAUCAUGUAAAGAGUUUCUUUUGCUAUUGUUGUAG